AUGACGCCGUCGGCUGCCGGCGCGGACGCCAAGGCCAAGCCGUUGGUGCUCGUGUCGCAGCCGUCGGACUCUGGCUUAACCCCGGUGAUGGAGGGCCAGUUCCGCUUCGUCCUGGCCGCGGACGCCGACGCGGCCACGGCGGCCGAGGCCCGGGUCCUGUUCGUGCCGGGGCUCAGGCCAGUGACCGCCGACCUCAUCGACCGGCUCCCGGCGCUGGAGCUCGUGGCCGCGAUCUCCGUCGGGUUGGACCACGUGGACCUCGACGCCUGCCGCCGCCGCGGGAUCACCGUCACCAACGCCGGCGCGACGUUCUCCGUGGACAUUGCGGACUAUGCUGUGGGUCUCGUCGUCGCCGUCCUGCGCAGGGUGGCUGCCGCUGAUGCGCAUCUCCAGCGCGGCAGGUGGGCCAUGGACGGCGACUACCCGCUCGCCACCAAGGUGAGCGGGAAGCGCGUCGGCAUCGUGGGGCUGGGAAGCAUCGGCUCGCUGGUGGCGCGGCGGCUGGCCGCGUUCGGGUGCCCCGUGGCGUACCACUCCCGCACGCGCAAGCCAGCGCCGUGCCCCUACACGUUCUUCCCCACGGUGCGCGCGCUGGCCGCGGACAGCGACGUGCUGGUGCUGGCGUGCGCGCUGACGGAGGAGACGCGGCGCGUGGUGGACCGGGAGGUGAUGGAGGCGCUGGGCGCGGGCGGCGUGCUCGUCAACGUGGGGCGCGGCGGGCUGGUGGACGAGCCGGAGCUGGUGCGCUGCCUGCGGGAGGGCGUCAUCGGCGGCGCCGGGCUCGACGUGUUCGAGAACGAGCCGGACGUGCCGGCGGAGCUCUUGGACAUGGACAACGUGGUGCUGUCGAGCCACAAGGCCGUGGCCACGGCGGAGUCUAUCCGUGGGGCGCUUGAUGCCGUCUCCGGAAACCUCGAGGCCUUCUUCGCCGGGAGGCCGCUGCUGAGCCCUGUGUCGCUCUGA